CGGAUAGGUUUGUAUGACGAAAUUUCCUUUCUCCUCCAUUGUACCCGCAACCGUUGUCACGUCCUUAAACUCUUCGUAAUCCCUACACACACUUCAAGAUGGGUAGGGAGGAUAAGACAACAUGGAAGUCAAACUACUUCACAAAACUUGUUCAACUUUUGGAUGACUAUCCCAAAUGUUUCAUUGUGGGUGCAGACAAUGUUGGCUCUAAACAGAUGCAACAAAUUCGCAUGUCCCUUCGUGGGAAUGCUGUUGUAUUAAUGGGAAAAAAUACCAUGAUGAGAAAAGCAAUUCGUGGUCAUAUUGAACGUAAUGCAGCAUUGGAAAAGCUUUUACCUCACAUUCGUGGGAAUGUCGGUUUUGUUUUUACUCGUGGAGAUUUAAUUGAAGUAAGAGACAAACUUUUGGAAAAUAAGGUCAGAGCACCAGCUAGAGCAGGAACUAUUGCACCGCUUAGCGUAAUUGUACCUGCUCAAAAUACUGGACUUAGUCCUGAUAAAACAUCUUUCUUCCAAGCUCUAAGUAUUCCCACUAAAAUUUCCAAGGGUACUAUUGAAAUUGUGAAUGAUGUCCACAUUUUGAAGCCAGGUGAUAAAGUUGGUGCAUCAGAAGCCACUCUUCUGAAUAUGUUGAAUAUUUCUCCUUUCUCAUAUGGUUUAAUUGUCGAACAAGUUUAUGACUCUGGUACUAUUUUUGCACCUGAAAUUUUGGAUAUCAAACCAGAAGAUCUCCGUGAAAAAUUCAUGGCCGGCGUUGCAAACUUAGCUUCAGUCUGUUUAGCCAUUGGCUAUCCUACAGUAGCUAGUGCUCCUCACAGUAUUGUUAACGGGUUCAAGAAUCUGUUGGCUAUUGCUGCUGUUACUGAAAUUGAGUUUGCAGAAGCUGCAACAAUCAAGGAAUACAUCAAGGAUCCAAGCAAAUUUGCUGCAGUUGCUGUUGCUGCUGCUCCGGCCACGGUUGCUGCAGAAGCACCCGCUGCUGAAAAGAAGGAAGAAGAGAAGGAAGAAUCCGAAGAUGAAGACAUGGGAUUCGGUCUGUUCGACUAAACUACAUACAUGUGUAUGUAUUAUUCAGCAUGGCCAGAUCAUGUAAAAUAAACCGGAUCUAUAACUUAUAACACAAUGUUAUAAGCUUGAUCUGUAAAAAAGAAACAAUUGUAAUAAAAUGCUUUGUCAUACA